AUGGAUAAUCCUCAAUAUAUCAAUAAUCCAACAAUUGUUGGAGCUCCGUCAUCAACUUCUCCAUUGGAUAUCAAUCCAGGCUCUGCUGGUGUUGAUUUCACUGAAGUGAACCCUUCUGUAAUUAUACCAUUUGCACCAGGAACAACACCAAUUAUAGUCACAGUUUCUGUACCAAACACAAAUACAAAUGUUGAUAAAAUAACAGUUACUAUCACAGAACCAACUGGUACAACUAUAGUCAAUCAAGUAUCACCUGGCGAUACAAACACAGUUGAUACUUUUCCUAUCACACCAUUACCUGAGAAUAGUACAAUGACAGUAACUUUUGGAACAAAUAAUGGACAACCUCCAGAAAAUGUAACUCUUUCUGUAAUUGCUUGCUAUACGCCAGCCACAGCAACAACAAUUGUAACUAGUGGUACUGUUCCACCAAGUAUCAGUGGAUCCACACCCACAUUGACAAUUAGUUCAACAAGUGCUGCUUUAACAGAAGGUAAAGAAUAUAUAUAG